AUGCAGAGCGAAAGUGAAUUUCUCGUGCAAGCAGCUAAGGAUUGGGUAAGCUCAAUCUUCGGAGAAGAUCUCGAAAUGUCAAAUGUAGUCUCAAUUGCCAAAUAUCUCUCGUUAUGUAUCUUGGAACCAAUUGAACCCAGAUUCAGAAGGAAAAAGAGGCUACUUUAUUUAUGGAUUGGCAUACAUUUUCCUGAAUUACGUAAAACAUUUACAGAGAAAGGUAUCUGCAUCAACUACGUUUCCGAUGAAAAGAAAUUUUCAAUAAGAUUCCUUCCACCACCUAUACUUCAAUUCGGAAAUCGUCGAAUUUAA